GCAGUGGAUCCUUACAGAGGAAUUCCCCACCCUUGUUUCUUCCUGUGGAGAUCACCGGAAAGACACUACACAAAGGAGAGAGAGCUGGCUAAGCCAGAGGUGGGGAGGUGACACAGCUUAAUUCCAGUGAUGAAUGUGAUUUAUACAGUUUUUUUUUUUUUAAAGGUGUGUUCUUAAUUCUUCUUGUGCUUUUUUCAUUUCUUUUCUCUGGUGCUGAGAUACAGGGGAAAUGGUAGAAUGGAGGAGGUGGUUCCAUCAAGCUGGAGUCUUCUUUGGGACUGGGAGCAAAUUAUUUUCUGUCUGCUGACUCUUCAUUUGCUGAGUGUAUAGGAGAGAAAUCUCUUAUCUAACAUAGGCUUUGUUGAGGUGAUUCUCAUUAUGUAUGUAGUAAGAAAGCUGAGACAAUAUGCGAUGGGAGUAAUUGAAAUGUGAAGACAGUAAGAAGAAAUUGUGUAUGUGCUCUGUUUUCAAAAACCUAUGUGUAAUCAGCAAUGGCAAUAGAAGUCCCCAAACAAAGGAGCAGUGGGGAGCAUACGAGAGUUCGUACCACUGUUCAUGUAUAUAUGGGUGAAGGGGAAAAGGUGCAGGCAGCAGUUCUGUAGGAAUAAGUGUGAGGAAAUUAGAGACCUAACUAAGGCAGAGGAACAGGAAAGUGCAGGCCUGUAGAUGUGACAGCUCAAGGUGCCAUUUUCUGUGGGAACGUUCCCCUGCACUUCUCUUCUGUGCUGAAGGCCACUGAGUUAUUUGACCGUUCCUAACUUCGUAUGGAGUCUCUGCAAAUCAUUUCCACAGUGCCAUACUUCUGAGUGUUAUUGAACCCAUUACUGAAAUAUGGAAUAUCUGUAGUUGGGAUCCCUACGUGGGUUGGGUUGCUACAGAAGCAAAAGGACAGUAAGUGUGUUGGCCACCUGAAGCUUCACUUGUUUUUUAAAUUCUGGAUUAAAAGGUGAUUUGCUAAGCAGAAAGAACUCAGAACUUCUGGCCCAAGGAGUAUUAUGGGUCCUUGUAGAAAAAUUUAAUUGAGUUGUAAAAACAUUAUGGUUUGGGGUACUGUUAAGUUAUAUUUAACUCUUCAACCAGCAGAAGUCAGCAGGCUGCAUACCCACAGGCAUACACUGGCCAAACCAUUACAUAUCUUUCUCUGUUGGAUGAUGUGCCUUCAAAACACACCCCAAAAGGGCAUUACUGUGUGAUUGAUUAUAAUGUUAAUUAGCCUUACUGCAUUCCCUGGUGUAUUUUUCUUUACUGCACCAGUGCUACGGAUUCCGAAUGGGAUACAGCUCUUGGCACAGCAGUAAUGAAGACGUCUCCAUCACAUUUUUGUCUUCAAAUCUUCCAGGUUUUUUGUCUGUGUGUUCAGGGACCCAUCCCUUUUUCUAUUGUCAUUCAGGUAGAUAAACAAGGUGUAGUUUUUCCACCUAUUUUGUGCUUUUUUUUUUUUGCCCAGCUACUAACUGCAAAUACAGCAUGCCUCAUUUUGAGGAAGAUAAUGGUGCUUUCUCUGGUCAACAUCCAAAAGGAGUAUGGCUUGUGAGGAAAUAGAGGAAAUGUGUCUUCUCAGGCCAAGAUUAUUUUUAAGCGCAGAAUAAAAUUGUAAUGGAAAUAAUAAAAAUAUAAUUAAAUCAUCAAUAACUGUUGAUUUAAAAACUGUAAAGGAAAUGGGCCUUAGUCACUCUUUCCUACCUUGUUUUUCCUGCUGUUUCUCUCCCUUUUAUUAUUAGAACUGUUGAUGGAGGAAGUCUUAAUAAUAAAACUUCUUACCUUACAAAUUAUUGCUGUCAUGAGAGUAAAAUAUUUCUGUGUAAGAGUCAGCACUCUUUAAAGUGUGGAAUAAAUGUCCGCAGCUGCAGAAAGAGCUGUUGUAGACCUCAGCAUUUGUAUUUCAGAGGAAGGAAUUGCUUAAUCAGCUUUGUCAUUUUUAGCUUGUAUGAAUACACUGGGAUGAGAGAGGAAAAAAAUGAUCCCUGGCUUCUGGAAGUUGCACUUCCAAAAUAUAUAUAGCAAUGUAUGUGUUUUAGGAAAUCAAGAGUUGUUCUGUAAGACAUCCAACAAGCUAUUAGCUCUCAGAUGAAACCUCAAAGUGGCUCCAUUAAUCCCAUAGCAGGCACAAGCCUCGUGGCUUUAGCUGUUCUCCUGGGCAGUAUCACCCAAAACUGUCCUCUUGGUUGUGGAGCGGUGGAUGGGGGAAAGACUACUGUUUGACUGCAUUUCAAGUUUUCUGUGACCUUAGAGUGUUGGCUGUAAGCCACAAAAGACAAAAGUCCUGUUACACUGGUCUGAACAGCUAUGGUUUAAUGUCUCAGCUCCAUAAUGGGCACCCCAGGCUAGGCUUUUCAUGCAUGUGGAUGAAGAUGGACAAGUAGGGAGCUGCCUAUGCUAGGCAAAAGAAAACAUUGAAGGUAAGGUUGUUUCUGAAGAUCCUCCAGGAAAUUCCAUCUCCCUAAUUCAAGUGUCACAUCCUGAAAAUUAAAAUGCUGGAUGGAACCACAGACUGUUCUGGUAGCAAGGGGAACUGGAAUGUGAGAAUUUUUGCUUUCCUCCUGUGGACUAGUGAACUUUUAAUUCAGAUAGACGAGCAGAAGAAUUGCAACAGACAAGGAAGGCACUCUUCUGUUUUGUCAGAGCAGAUUUUCAGUCAUAUUUGUCAGAAGAGGGAACUGAACUUAUGCUUCUCUGGCUGCUGGACACUGAGUACUCUAGUCAGAGAGAUUCUAUAUAAAGAUGCAAGUACUCCAGCGUGUUUUUGAAGGAAGGCAGCUAGACUUCAGCUCAGUUCAUGAAGCUUACUUUGAAAGCACUUACCAGAUGGGUUGUGACAAGUGAGGUAAGUGGAAAAAAUCUCUGUAUGCCAAGGGGGUUGUAAGUAUUCAACACUUAUGUUGGAAGUGCUUGGUAUUGCCUAACAAGUGGUGUGUUUUUGGUUGUUUUUUUUUUUAAUUCCCAGAGUCAGAAUGUUAUCUUCUAAAUGUUUAAUUUUAAAAAAAUAAAAUAAAUUAAGCUAUCCCCAGGGGGGCUAGGAUGAUCUAAGAAUUAACAGUUUUGAAGAACUGGAACUUAAACACAUUAAGACUUCAGAGGCUCCUGUGUCUGCCACUGGGAAGAAGAAGCAUCUGCAAUACAGUAAAUCAGUUGCCCAAGUAAUCAGUGAAAAUAGCAUGAUGAACUGAUUCAUAAUCCUAAAGAGUAAGACCAAAAGCGGACCUGAAUCAAGAUACUCAGCUCUGUAAACACUGAGUUUACUGAGACAGCAUAAAAGGAGAAAUGAGCUGUAUGACAACUCAGUUUCUAUGAUCACUCUGGGCUUCUUUAAAUCCAUUGUGGUAGAUUAUUCUGAGACUCUGGGUACUGAAAUUUUGUAGUAGUGAACUACUAGUCUGAGGCCUCUCAGUUUCUCUCAAUAUGUGCUCAAAUACACUUUUUAGGAACACCACAGGCCCCCAUUUUUCCAUUUAGCAGAAGCCCUUUGUCUCCACAGUCAUCCUAAAAACAUGGAACCUGAACACUGAAACAGCCACAUGAUGGCAGCAAGGCAUCAGAAGGGAUGCAGGACGUCACAGCGUCAGAGAACUCGUGAUGCCUUUGUAGCAUUUCACAGUGAUAAGGCUCUGGUGAAGAAAUACUUGAAGUCUCUGCUGAUUGGGGAACUGGCACCAGAUCAACCCAGCUUUGAGUCUAACAAAAAGAAAUCACUUUUAGAAGACUUCCGUGAGCUGCGCUGCACUGUUGAGAAGAUGGGGCUUCUGAAUCCAGAUUCCACCUUUUUCAUUCUGAUUUUCCUUCAUCUCCUGGUACUGGAUGCUGCAUCCUGGCUUACGGUCUGGUACUUUGGGAUAUCCUUAGUGCCUUUCCUUGUUGGCAUGGCAUUCUUCACCAUUGCUCAGAUCCAGAUGGGCUGGUUCCAACAUGAUCUGGGGCACUGCUCUGUCUUUAGGAAGCCUAAAUGGAACCAUCUACUGCAGAUCAUUGUGUUUAAUGUCCUGAAGGGGUUACCUGCCAGCUGGUGGAAUCAUCUGCACAAUCAGCACCACGCCAAACCCAACUGUUUCCGCAAAGACCCUGAUCUCAAUAUGCACCCUCUCCUGUUCAGCUUGGGAAAGACACUCUCUGUGGAACUUGGAAAAAAGAAGAAGAAGUUCAUGCCUUACAAUUAUCAGCAUAAGUAUUUCAGCUUAUUGGCCCCACUUGCACUUGUACCCUUCUUCCAGCUGUCCAUAUUCUACUUUCUAAUCAGGAAGAAAAAGUGGUUGGAACUGUUAUUGGUGGUAUUUUUCAACAUCCGAGUCUGCCUCAUGUAUAUUCCUUUAAUGGGAUUUAACAACUUCAUGGUGUACUACUGGAUGUCCAGGUACCUAGAAAGUACAUGGUUUAUUUGGGUCUCGCAGAUGAACCACAUUCCAAUGCACAUUGACUAUGACAAGAACAAAGACUGGGUAUCUACUCAGCUCCACGCAACAUGUAACGUGAACCAAUCUUUGUUCAAUGACUGGUUCACUGGGCACUUGAACUUCCAGAUUGAGCACCACCUUUUUCCCACAAUGCCUCGACACAACUACUGGAAAGCAGCUCCUUUGGUGAAAGCCCUUUGUGAUAAGCACGGCAUUGAGUAUAAAAGCAAGACUUUACUCAGAGCGUUUGUAGAUAUUUUGAACUCACUGAAAGAGUCAGGGGAACACUGGCUUGAAGCCUACCUGCAUGGAUAGAAGCUGGCAGCUCUCGAAGGGAACUUCUUCACCAGACAACUGCUGCAAAGAGUCAGUACAGACCAACAGAGUGUUUGUGACUUCUGACAUAGGAACUUGGGAGCUGGGCAAAGCUAAUUGCAGUAGGAAUCAUGGGUGGGGAAGUGGAUUAAAGAUAUAUUUUUUUCACUGAUCUGAACCACGAUAUCUCUAUUUUUUGCUGCUCUCAAACUCAGCAUUCAGAGCCAUGACAAACUGGGCCUUUAAAUUUGGGAGAUGUAGCUCUUGAACCAGCUGGACCAAUUUACUGUGUAGGCAGGGCUUAAAACAGCUCAGCUCCUUGCUUAUGGGAAAAGUUUAAAUGGAAAUUCUUUGUAUUUUUGGCUUGAUGGCUCAGUGAAAAUGGAAUUAGACAAAGCAAACUGCAGGAAGUCAGAACACGUUAGGAUGGCAGGACCUUCAUGGGAUAUUCAAGGAUAGGUAAGUAUGCAAAGAACAAGAUGGCCUGCAGUAUGUUGUCAUCGCUAGUGAUCAUAUGAUCACCGCUUUCUCUUACUAGCUAACUGAAGUGUUAUUACUUGUACUGUUCAUGAAAUGCAUAGGGAAGUAGAUAACUGGAUGCUAAGUUUUACUUCUCUAAGAGCUAGUUUGAAUAUGGUCCAAAAGGUCUGUAUAGUAUGUAUAAUUUAUAUGUAUAAAUAUAUAUAUUUAAUUGUGUACUGCCUGAUUAGCUUUCCAAUGUGAUGUUACAUGUCUUUGCUGAUAUCAGACUACUUUCAAGACUCUUAAUUUCAGUAUACCAACUUUAAAUGAGGCUUAGAAAUCCAGACAUUGAGGGGUGGGUCCAGAUCACAAGGGUUUAUAGGGUUCUAUUGCUUUCAUUGACUUUUACAUGUAAUUUUUUUUCUCUAAAUACUUCCCAGUGAUUUCAAGGACAUAUGAGUAUUUACACACAUGAGCCAUUAGGCAACUAAGUACAUUUGUGGCUCUAUUCCUGUAUCCAAAAAAGCAAUUAAAUCAUACCUAACUGUCAUUCCACGCAGUCCUCUCUGGCCCUUACAAAGUUUUUUCCUCCAUUUCAGCAUCCCAGAGAACUAACUCAUACAGGUUUUGUACUUGUAAGCUGUUUGGCCCCUGCAAGAAGGAGGAAAAGGACCUAGCGCCUCCGUACUUAGGGUUCUGCAAAGCUUCUGCUAGUGGAAAGCAUAAUGAACUCCUAUGUACAAGGCACAAUAGGUAUCCAUGAGCACCAGAAUAGUCCUAUUGGUUUGUGAGAAAGCCAACAAAAUGAAGAAGCCAAGAGUGAGACUACAGUGGAAUAUCUUCACUGAAAGAGCUUUAAAUCUUAUAGGAAAUGUCAGCUGUAACUGAGAAGAUGUGAGAGCAGAGCACUGAAUAAUAGACAAUACAGAGGAUGUGUGAAAGAAAAGAGGAGAUGUGUGGAUAUCGAUUAAUUGCAGGAAAAAAAAGAAGGUAAUAACAGCUGAGUGAUGAUAACAUGGUUGUUCGGAAAAGCUAGAAUACAGGAAAAAAGAGAUUUUAAGAAUAACAACCAGUCACCUAUUCAUGAUUCUUCAAUUGAGAGUCAAUAUUUAAUUUAGGAAGAGUAUACGACUUCUGAUUAAUGUGGCUGAUCUUGAUGUAACUGUAACAUUUUCUAAUAUGAAUUAUAACAAAUUUAGUCCAUUAUGAGACAGUUGAGCCUAACUAGCAAAACCUAAAUUGUGUUGUAUUCACCUAAAUGUCCUAAAACUGUGAAUGUAGUCUGCAAUGCCAAAUAAGUAUACUAUUUGCCCAUAAGAGCAAAGGCCAAGUGGAAGAAAAGUGGUUAUUUUCCUCUGCCAUUUGCACCCAGAAAUCUAUGCCCCAGGCUUUCAGUGGGCAAACCACUCAGAGGAGGAAACUGGGAAAGGGCUUAAAGUGAAAUAUUACAGUGGACUACCAUACACAUCUGCAACCCAUUGAUGAUCAAAUUACAUGCAUUUCAACCUUCAGACAAUAGCAGUCCUCUUCCAAGUAAUGAAUAUUAUCAAGCUUACAAGGUAAAGAUCCCAAGAAGGUGUAUGAACUUAAAUUUCUUCCUUCCUUUUUUUUUAUUUUAUUAAUUCUUCUGUUUUAAGAACAUUGGCUUUUAUUUAUAACUUAUUUGUGUAUGUGCAGGUCUGGUAACACUGUUCUGGUUAUUUCCUAACAAUUGCUGACAGAUGUCACUGAAAAAGGUUAUGAUUAAAAAGUACUGUUGUUCAAAAACUACUUAGAAUGUACUUUGAAAACCUUUUCUAACUGCUACAGUCUGAAAUAAUUCCACGUUCCCAAAUCAAAGGUCAGUUUCCACAACUAUGUGCAAGAGUAGUAAUAUUUUUAUAAGUAGUAUUUAAGUGAUAGUACUUUCUUAAGAUGAAUGCAGGGUUUUCAUUGCCUGCUCUAUUGUCCUGGUGAAGGCAGUUUAAGUGUCAAGGAUUUCGGUGUUUGGUUUUUUUUUUUAAACAGAUGGACGUGAAAGCUGUGGUGAUUAGAUCUUGAUUUCUGCUGAAAUUCUCUAAAGACAAGACUGACACAAAGUAGUUCUUUCUGAUGUCAGCCUCAUGAAUCAAUCUGAUUCUUUGUUCCAUUUAGCCAGCAUUCUACUUGUUUGAAUGUGGUAAUUUAUUGAGUCAAUUGUUUGCAACCUCAUUUAAAUCUAAAUGUUUUUGUCUCUUUAACUGAUCUAAAUGUGCUGCUCUAUGUGAAUAUUGAUUUAUCUCUUUAUCUGUUUCAUAAAGGUUAUUAACAUACAUGAAACUGGUUUACCUUUGUCUAGUUCUAACGUGGCUCAAAAACUUCAAGGGCCUGGGAUAGCCCCCAGUGAGAAGUUAGCAAUCCACUUAGGUUGGUAUUAAAGUUCUUUGUAACUGUAAUGUUCCCUGAAAGACAACACAUAUAAUCAGGAAUACCCAGAAGAAAGAAGGAAAUCAGGGAAAUAGCUUGCACAAUAUUGCUUCCUUUAGGAGUUUAUACUAAGAUUCUGUUAGUGGUGUGUUUUCCUACACAGGUACAUCAAAAUUGUCAGCUUCCCACAGGUAUCUCAUAAAAUCCUUUCCCUACAAGGCAGUGAUGGCACAAAUGGCCACACUGUUAUACAGUCAACGAGCACGAAGCUUCAGAGGGCCAUAGUAAGAAAGGCAGCAAGAACUGCAAAGCAAAAGAAAUAUGUCAACAGUUGUUAGAAAUUGAAUUCUGCACAUGUGAAUACAGAAUGUUGUGCAGAGUAUGCCUUGUGCUUCCUAUUAUACAGCA